AUGGGCCCCUGUACCGCCUCCUCAUGCUGCUGCCAGGCCCGUAAUCUGCCAUGGGCCCCUGUACCGCCUCUUCAUGCUGCUGCCAGGCCCUUAAUCUGCCAUGGGCCCCUGUACCGCCUCCUCAUGCUGCUGCCAGGUCCAGAGUCUCUCAUGGGUCCCUGUACGGCCUCCCAUUGCUGCUGUCUCCAUCGCCACACUCUGCCAUGUGCCACUUUCAGGUCUCCUCACACUGCUGGUGUGUUCCAUUUUUUGUCAUAGGGUGCUGGCAGAUUACGGGCCUCCCAUAGCUGCUGCCAGGCCCCUAAUCUGCCAUGGGCCCCUGUACCGCCUCCUCAUGCUGCUGCCAGGUCCAGAGUCUCUCAUGGGUCCCUGUACGGCCUCCCAUUGCUGCUGUCUCCAUCGCCACACUCUGCCAUGUGCCACUUUCAGGUCUCCUCACACACUGCUGGUGUGUUCCAUUUUUUGUCAUAGGGUGCUG